GGGAGAGAGAGAGAGAGAGAGAGAGAGAGAGAGGUGCGCUGCCAGAUGCCAAGGCGCUUGUCUCUCUAUAGUUCCAGAGCGAUGUCCGUGAUGCUGGACCUUCUCAACGUGUCCAUUCACAGGUUACCUGUAGCCUAUGCACUGACCACGAGACACGACGAACUGGAGUAGAUCGAACGCCGUCAGAUUCAAUUUGGGUACCGCGGUUUGAGAAAAGAGAGAAGUCUUCAAUAUCGGUGUGAUGGUUAACGAAUACAAAUGGGAUUAUUGUGGACAUGAAUGUACCGGGACGUGUUGACAAAAUGUUCGUCAAUAUGAUCUCUUUUGUCACAUACCUGAAGUUAAUUGAUCUACUCUGAAUACUUCGACUCAAACGUUUCAACGGUCGCUUGGAUAAUAAGUGAUUAAUUCGGGAUUUUUUUACUUCUUCCAAUAUGCUUAUGAAUUGAACGCAUUAAGUAGCCUGCAAGUGGGUACUUGAAGAUCUGACAUCUAUACAUUUUGAUAUAUAGAUCUGAGGAGAAUAAAACACGAAGCCAUGUCUUGUCUGCUGGUGUUAGUGAACUGUGUGAUCCUGUUGCUCUUCGCCAGCGACAUGUUGUUGGUCAGUGGAAACCGCCCUCCUGCUCCCGUCAACGUGUCUGUGAUGCACCUGAGGGCCGACUCCGCCACCGUCUCCUGGGAGGUACCUGAGGGUGACAUCAUCAUCGGCUUCUCCAUCUCACAGCAGAGACAGCAGGGCCACACCCAGCGCUUCAUCAGGGAGGUGAAUACCACCAGCAAGGCCUGUGUUCUGUGGGAUCUGGACGAGGAGACGGACUAUAUUAUCCAGGUCCAGUCCAUUGGUCUGUACGGAGAGAGUCAGGCCAGCAAGAGGGUCCACUUCAGAACCCUCAAGAAGUCUGACCGCUUCCUGUCCAACAGCUCCAACCAAGAUGACCCUGCAGUGGAAGGUCUGGACAAGUCACGGCAGCUCCAGACAGGAGAGGUGAUCAUCAUUGUGGUCGUGCUGCUCAUGUGGGCAGCUGUCAUUGCCCUGUUCUGUCGGCAGUAUGACAUCAUCAAGGACAACGACUCUAGUACCGGCAAAGACAAGGUAAAGCCGUCGUCGUUGGCGAGCACGCCAGAACACUGCUCCGGAGGACUGCUAAGGAAUAAGUUUCAUCCGUCGCUACAAUCCAUCAACAUAAUUGAGGUGUAAGGGAAGAAUGCAGAAAGCAGACGCCAAUUCCAACCUUCCUCCUCCGUCGCUACGUUCUCCAACUCCUCAAAUCGUCUCUCCUCCUCUCUGAUGAAGACGAAACAAGUCAUUAGAUAAACUGCCGCCCUGAGGCAUGACCGUUGAUGCAUGUCGGCCAAGCUAAUUUAGCAAAGAACACACACACACACACACACACACAGAGAGUUAAGUAUACUGUACAUACACUCUUUUAAUGUUAAUACGUUAUACAUAAAGUAUUUCAAGUGAGAUACUUGGUUUGUAAUUAGUACACCACGGCCAUCUCUGGGACAUCUGUCUCUGUCGUAGAUUCAACCCGUGUUGCUGAAGAUAGAUCCUCUUAAAGGCAAUGUUCCUGUGUUUUCGCAGAGGCUGCAAUGACUGUCCACUCUGCAUAUGUCGGUAGGCUCAAUCGGGAAAAUUCCCUUUAAAAUGUUAUCGUGGUAAAACACGGAUCUUCCGCAAUACAGACUGAAUCUAGCCCUUUGUGUUCAUGUUGUCCUGUGUGAUUUAAAAAAUAUAUAAACUAGAUUAUGGAUUAUGUUACUUUGAUUAUAUCCUUGGAUCAGUUUUUUUUUGCAUCUUAAUCCUCUUCCCCCCCCUUGUACAGUCAUUUCACAAUAAUAACAUCCCAAUUGUUUGCCACAAAAUACUCAUACUUGGGAGUAAUUAUCACAGGUGAAAAUAUUGUGAUCUGAGUCCGACAGACUAUAGCGAUGCUAAUAAGUACAAAUGAUGGAAACUAGUUCUGAACACAUGCAGUUGUAUAUGAAUACAUACCUUAUGACCAUCGUCAACGCGUUACUGACGCAUGUCUGUGCAUAUGAAGAAAUGUCUAUAUUCCAUAAGAUUGACUACUGGAGGGGCGCAUGCCGGUCAUUCAUCCAUAGUAUAAUAUUUGAUGUGCUCUCUAUUUUACCAAUACAAAAUAUGCAACAACAGAAAUUAUUGCAAUACUGGGAAAGCAGAAUAUUAUACAUUUUUAUAUUAUCAUUUGAUCAUCCUUCCUUUUAAUUAGGACUUGUUUGAUUGGAUGUUUUGACACUUGUAAAUAUCCUGACACUGUGUUUUAUCUGAACUAUUGAACAAUAAAGUUUAUUUCAAAUUCAAA